CGGAGCUCGUGGCGAGUGUGUAUGUGUGUGUGAAAGAGCGGAGAGGAUUUUACUCCCUCCACAGAAAAAUAAAGAAAAAAACAAAGAGGAUUGUACUUUAAUUUUAGCUUGUGGUGUACACUAGGAUGGAUCCAUUCACCGAGAAACUGUUAGAGCGCACACGUGCUCGUAGAGAAAAUCUGCAGAAGAAGAUGGCGGAGAGACCAACGGCAGCCAGUCGUCCAAUGGCUAAAAGAACAAGAGAGCCACUUACAGAUACAAACAGUGUCUUAAGUGAGCCGACCAUUGAAAAAGUGCUUCCCUCCUCCAAGCCAUCCCCCUUCAAACGCCGCUGUUCAGAUGAAAAUGCUCUUCUUGCUGGAGAAGAAAACAAGCAGCCGGUGGCCUCACAAAUGACAGACCCCAUGACUGACCAGAAGCCACCCCUGGCACCAACCACUGUUAGACUGAUACCUGUGGAACAAAGGUCUGCUCCAGACAUGCCGCCCACUCUGCCUCCUCCAGACACUGAAAAGAUGGUGGUGUGUCCUCCACAGUCUCCAGCCAAACGUGCUGAUAAUGUAAUGAGACACAAUAAUCUAGAUGGAGCUAGAGAAACGCAGAAAGAUGCACCAACCACAGUACCCUCCAGCAUGAGAUCUCGUCUACAGAGACUGGCUGAUCAGAGGCAGAACUGGGACUCUAAUGGGGCCACAGAAGCUGUCCCAGAGAGUGUAGUUGUAUCUCCUUUGAAGUCUCAUUGCUUGGAUCUCCCUCCUGCCACUCCAACGAAUUCUGAGGUUUCUGUUGGAAGAAAGGGUAGACUUGCUAAUCUUGCUGCCACAAUUGGCUCCUGGGAAGAUGACCUUGGACACCCGCCCACUCGCCGGGACAAUGCACAAGCACAGCCUGGCACGGCCUAUGUGCGCCCACCAGUCAGUACAGUAACAAGUAACAGUGAGCAAAUUCAGUCUGCCCGGCCAACAUCACACAAGCCUGUUAACAGAGGCCAGCAGCCUGCAGUUUAUUCUCCAGUCAAAUCAACUAGAGUGGUUCCUUCUAGUCCUCAGAAGACAGAGUUUCCUCAGGCCAGACUGGCUCAAGCAGUUCCUUCUCCUGUUUCCAGCCCACUGAAGAUUCCCCCUUCCACCCAGCCCUCCAGUCCACUCAAAUCUGUCACAGCAUCUCCCUCUACUCCCCACAGAGGUUACAUCUCUCAGAGCCCACUGAAGAACCGUGGCCAACCGGACACGUUGAAUUUUGAAGCAGCACUUAAUUCCAGUCCUGCGAAACCGGUUUUGGCACCUAAACCAUCUGCUACUGAUGAUGCUGUGAGUCGUGAGAGGUUUACCAAAGACACGACAGCCUCACAGCACAGAGGCCCAGCUGCAACGCCUGGAGGGGUCAAGUCAUUUUUGGAGCGUUUUGGAGAAAAGUGUCAGGAGCGCAACCAGAACACUCCCUCCAUGUUAGGAGGUCCAGGCCACACAUCUGCAGCUUCUACUCCUGCUACCCCCAAAUCCAAACUGCUCCAGGAGAGGCUCGGAGGGGCUCAGGCCACUUCCACCACAGCCGCCCUUACUCAGAAGCAAAAAAUGGAGCGAGAAGCAGAACUGGCACAAAUCCGUAAUAGGUUUCAGAAAGGCAACAUGUUGAGAACCAAAGAGGACAUCAGUGAGGUCAAGGAUGACCCUGAAAAUAAGGAAACUGAACUCUCUCUACAGAGCCAGACUUCCUUACCACUGCAUGAUAAUGAGCCUUCUGUACCAGCAUCUGAAGUGUUCAACAGCCCCUCAAAAUCUAUCAGAAAAGACAUGAGCGGUGCUCCUUCAAGUCCAGCAAAGAAAAUUGAAUUAAAAGUAGAGAUGCCUACAGGGAAAGAGCCGGAGGAUGUGCAAGAAGUUGAUGUAGUGCGUGAGAUUGAGAUGAACGUGGAUGCCUCUGUUAACUCGGAGGUGAUAAAUGAACUGUUUGAUGGAGUCCUAGAGGAAAGUGAUGCAGAUGAAGAUCCUCUGAAUAUCUCCUCCAUGUCUCUGCUUGCCCCGCUUGCAGAGACUGUAGCAGCUGUGAUCAAGAGCCCAGAAAGAAAGCCUAUGACAUCAACCCCUGCCAACUCAUUCAUGGUGAAGAGUUCCACCCCUGAGAAUCCAUCCAGGCCCAGUAAGUUCCAGAGGACACGCAUGUUACGAGCUGAAUCAUCUGACAGCAUUGAUGUUCUAGAAGAGCAACAAAACCAGAAACUUCUCUAUAGCAUUGAUGCCUACAGAUCCACCAGGGUUAAGACCGAGCCAGAGAGACCUCAUGUUAAGCAGGUGAUUGUCAGGAAAGAGGAUGUGUCUCAGAAAAUGGAGAUGAAUGGGAGCGCCAAUCACAUCAACAUCAAGCAGAAGAUGAAGAUGUUGACCAAUGAGAUGAACUUGCAGCAGACCGUGAUCCAUCAGGCAAGUCAGGCUCUUAACUGCUGUACUGAUGAAGAACAUGGAAAGGGAUCUCAGGUGGAGGCUGAGGCUGAAAGACUGCUGAUUAUUGCCACUGAGAGGAGGGCUGCUCUCAAGGCAGAGUUGGACCGAAUAAAAGCAGAAGGACCAACAGCACAAAAGAAGAGCGCAAGCGGUGUCCUGGUGGAUAUGGGUUUACCUGCUUCUAAAGGCUCCAUCUCACUACUGGAGCUGAGACUCCCUCUGAAGGCUGACUUUAUCUGCUCUUCUGCCAACAAGCCUGAAUGUGGAAAUCACUACUACUUUGUGAUGAUUCGUGCGGGAGCUGAAAACACUGUGGCGACUCCUCUAUCAAGCACACGUACAGGUCUGAGUGGUGAUGCUUUGACCUUCACCACCACAUUCACUUUGUCUGAUGUGUCUAAUGACUUUGAGAUCGAUAUUGAAGUCUACUGUUUGGUUCAGAAACGGGAGCCAAACCCUGACAAGAGGAAAAAGGCCAGCAAGUCAAAGGCAAUCACACCAAAAAGGUUCCUCGCUAUCUCUAAGAGUAACCUCCAAACACCUGUUAUGGCCAGCCCUGGCGGUCCAAAUGCAGUGCGCACCAGUAGCUUUGUACUUGUUGGAUCGCACAAGCUAACUCUAGCUUCUAUUGGGAAAAAUAAGUUCCCUUUGGAGAAGGUGCCUUUCCUUUGUCCUUUGGAGGGGCAUAUAUAUCUGAAAAUGCAGUGUGAGGUUGGCUCACGGAUAGAGGAAAGAGGCUUCUUGACUAUGUUUGAAGAUGUCAGUGGUUUUGGGGCCUGGCACAGGAGGUGGUGCGUCCUAUCAGGAUACUGCAUCUCUUAUUGGACCUACCCUGAUGAUGAAAAACGGAAGAAUCCAAUGGGUCGCAUUAACCUUGCCAACUGUACAAGUCGUAAAGUGGAGCCGGCAAACCGAGAGUUCUGCGCUCGACCCAAUACCUUUGAGCUUAUCACUGUGAGGCCACAGAGAGAGGAUGACCGAGAGACCCUGGUCAGCCGGUGCAAGGACACACUCUGUGUUACCAAGAACUGGCUGAGUGCCGACACUAAAGACGAGAGGAAUCUGUGGAUGCAGAAACUCAACCAGAUCCUGGUGGACCUGCGCAUGUGGCAGCCGGAUUCCUGCUACAGACCCAUGUGAAGGUCAAUUUUACACUGAAUACAUGUCUGAUUUGGAAGUGCAAUACGGCAUCACAGUUACAAAGCGUUUACAGAUGAAUUUACACCGGCUUUUCUUUAGAAUUUUGACCGAUGUCAAAUCAAUAAAGCCAUAAAUGUUGAGACAUUUCAAUGAAAGGACAAUGCUUUGCCUCACAGGGGUAUUCAGGUAUGUUCUAUCUUGAUCUUGAGUGUAAAACAAGCAUGGCUAACUUAACGACUAAUCGGCGUUUGUUUGCUUUGCUAGUUUGUGUAUAUUUAAAUGUCUUUUGCAUGACUGCUGGGAUUCCUGCUGUAUUCAGAUUUCUUCAUCGCACCUCUAGGCGGAAAAAAAAAAAAGUCGUCAAGCAAGCCAGUGUCCUGAAUCUUUAAAUGAACCACACACUUAAUGUCACUGCAUGGUGGCAGCACAUUUGACUCUCUUUAAGGUUUUUUUUUAAACAGCCAUGAUCUGCUUUUUACAUUUUGCAAGCAGAUCUGCUUUUGCUAAUGCUACGGAUGUUUUUAAUUCUUGCGAGUUGUGUUUGAAUAAGUAAAGGAUUUGAUAUUAGAGUUAUGAAAAUGUUCUUCAAUUGAGAAAUCUAUAUUUAUAUUUCUUCUUGUUGAAAUUCACAGUAGAGCACACUUGGAUAAGCAAAGGGAAAUGGGGUUUUUUUCUUUAUUUUUGGAACAGUUACAGGGUUAGAACAGUUUAAUUCUUCCCUAAGUGACACAAGCUCUUUUCAGGUUAGUUUCUGCAAAAAACACAAACAAAAGUUUACAAACACAACAUUUUACUAGAGAUUUUCAUUCCUUAUUAACAGGGAAAACUGUUCUUUUCUGUUUGAUCCACGUCUUUACAGUAUUUCUUGUUUAUGUAUCAUGCACGUGCCCUGUUUUCUGAGCUCUCUACACCAUAUGUAUAUUUUUGUGCAUUUGCAUUUUUAUAUUAAUAUUUUAGUUUUUUUUAAUGGUUGUAACUUACUCUAGAUUUAUUUACCUGUAUCCAAAUGUAUUUGUUAAAUAAGUGACAUUUACCAAAAGCUUACUAUUUUUAAUGACAUUCAAUGUCAGGUUACCUUGACUGAGAAACUUCUUGAGCUUGUGUCGUGUGAUAUACAAAACCAAAAUUCAGCCCUUAUCAAUGUAGUAAUCUUAAAGGGUCAGUUCACUCCUCACCCUCAUGUUGUUCUAAACUCUGAGCACAAAUGAGUAGAUGUUUAUUACAAAUCUGAGAGAGUUCCAUCUCUGAAGCUUCUGUUUUUAAUGUGAAGAGAUUUUGAAAGAAACAAAAUGACACUGAUUUGAUUAACCUCUUUAUUUGUAUUCCAAAGAUGAGCAGAUUUCUUAUGGGUUUGGAACAACAUGAGGGUCAGAUUUUUAUUUUUAUUAUUAUUUUGAGGUUAAUUGACCAUUUAAGGCACUUUAAUGUCAUGGCUUCAGUUGUGUGUUAUGGUAUCUUAAACACUCCAAAUGUGGCUUCCAUGUAUCACGCAGAGCUGCAGUUAAAUAAAUCAAGCUUUUGACAACA